AAAAAGAAAAAAGUUUUUGAGAAUCGCAAUAUAAAUUUUAUUUUUAAAACGUCAAUAAAUACAAAGAAUAAAAAGCAGGAUUCAUACAUACAUACAUACAUACGCUGCAUAAUCUGCUCCCUCACCUCGUUCCUCGCGCUCUCUCUUCCUCUCUCUUUCCUUGAGAAACAAGCCAACACUCACAAUCGAUCUACUCUCUGAUUCCUCCUAUAGUACAAUGGUUGUUAUCGAGAGCUUUGGCCACGGCGAGCCAGAAACGCCGCGUUUCAGCGACGACCUUGGCUCAGGCUCAGCUUGCUCCACUCCCUUCGUCAGCGCUCCGUCAAGUCCCGGACGUAAUCCACCGCCGGGUUAUUUCUUCAGCGCGCCGUCGAGUCCGAUGCAUCAUUUCUUCUUGUCCUCCGCUGCUCCGUCGGCGAAUCCGAAGCUCGAUUCGUCGUCUCCUUCCGGCGACUUCGAGUUUGAUUUCUCCUCUCGGUUGUCUUCCAGCAGCGGUCCUCUAGGCGGCGUGCCGAUGACCUCCGCGGAGGAGCUCUUCUCCAACGGCCAGAUCAAGCCGAUGAAGCUAUCUUCCCAUCUCCAGAGGCCUCAGCUCCUUGCGCCGCUUCUAGAUCUGGAAACCGAUGAGGAAGAGGCGAAACAAGACGGUAGGCGCGGGAGAGAUCUGAAGCUGAGAAGCAGAUCUGUUCACCGGAAAGCGAGAUCUCUCUCUCCGCUCCGAAACGCAGCGUUUCAAUGGAGCGAAGAGGAAGAGGGGAAAGGACUCGCGGGGGAGUGUAUACGGAAGCUACAAGAAGAUUACGAAGAGGACGAAGCUAAGAUUAAUGAAAACGUGACGUCAGCUGAAACGACGCCGUCUUGUUCUGCUUCUUCUUCUCGCUCUUCGUCGUACGGAAGAAACUCGAAGAAGUGGAUCUUCCUCAAGGAUCUGCUUCACCGAAGCAAAAGCGAAGGGAGAGGAAACGGCAAGGAGAAGUUCUGGUCCAACAUCUCGUUCUCUCCUUCCAAUCUCAAAGACAAGAAACUCAAAUCAGAGGACGCAGCCAAGAAGCAGAAACAGAAUCAACCGCCGCCGGCGGCGAAAAAGGCUCCGGUCACGGGGAAACCGACAAACGGAAUAACGAAACGGCGAGGGUUGCAGCCGUCGGCUCACGAGCUGCAUUACACUACGAACAGAGCUCAAGCGGAGGAGAUGAAGAAGAGGACUUACUUGCCGUACAGGCAUGGACUCUUCGGUUGUUUAGCGUUUAGUUCCAAAGGUUACAGUGCCUUGAACGGUUUAGCCCGAAGUUUAAACCCGGUUUCAUCCGGUUAAAGUUCGUGUUGUGUUAUAGAUCAAUUAUUAUUGUUAAGCAAAUGUUUAUGUAUAGAUCAUGGAUUCAGUAAAUCCUUAAGUUAUAAAUAGUAUAUGUAAGAUGAUCACUCUAACUCUCUGUUGUUAGAUAUUGAUUCUCUGUAGUUCUUGGGAAUGAUUUCAGAAUCUAAAAUUUUACAGUGGUGUUGUAAUA